AUGGCACCAAUUCUGACCUCUCAUCCGUCUCUCAAUAUCAUACCGGAACCACUCACCUCAGAAAGCUUCGCACCCUUUGGCACAGCAAUUUGCUCGCCUCUUCCCCGCGAUCUCAACCGCGCUCCUCAGAUUUCAUCUUUACCAGCCCAUGAUCCGGCCCCAGUCCUAGCGAACCAAAACUCCGCAUUGAAAUAUAGCCCUAUCUCUCCACUUCUCGACCACUACAUCAAUGGCUGCCCCAGUGGGAAGGCAGCCUCCGCGCGAAUAAGCAUGUUCUGCUGUUUCCCCCGUCAAUUGCGCACUAUCUACCCGAAACAGCAAAUAGAGCAGGAAGUCUUCGAUGUACGAAUUGUGGAACGUCACCCAUUCACGAGCCAAACAUUCAUUCCGAUCGACCUCUCGCGCUAUUCAAAGGUCGGUGACGGCCAAGAAGAGCCUGUUUUCUUGGUUGUUGUUGCGCCGACUCUCAAGGGUGAAGUCGCAACUGCUACAAACGACCAAGGUAAAAAUAUUACUAUUCGGGACCCACCUGAUUUGCAGAACCUGAAGGCAUUCAUUGCGCGCGGUGGCCAGGCUGUUACGUACGGUGUUGGAACAUGGCAUGCGCCUAUGGUUGUACUUGGUCGGCGACGGGUUGACUUUGUUGUGGUGCAGCAUGUGAAUGGUGUGGAUGACGAGGAUUGUCAAGAGGCUGCAUUUGGCGAGGGAAUUGUGGUUGAUCUAGGCCAAAAAGGUCAUUAUGGACGGGAGGAGGAGGGUAUUGUGAAACUAUGGACGGCGAAGCUUUAA